UGUAAGAGCAGAAUCCCUCAACAGGGGAUAUCUAUUUUUCUCCCUUCCAGCUGGCUCUGAAGAGCCAUGUUUGUGCUGGAAGAAGGGAAUUCCAAGGAGAUUGGUGGCCCUUUUCACAGAGUAAGCAUUUUCCACAGGCGGGGUUAUGCCAACCAUUAAAUGACUAAUGUAUAAUUAGGAGGCUGGAUACUUAUAGUUGUCAUGUCCCUGGUGCCAGGGGAGUCCAGGACGACUGUGAAGGAGUGAGCAUCAAGGGAGGUUAGGCUUGGUCAACCAAGCCAUUUAUGUCUGUAUUUGUUUUUCUGUUCAGCUUCUGUGUUGGCAAUCUCAGGAGGCAAGUGAUUUAGCAGUGUAGACAGUGCGGUGGCUCUCCCUUAUGGCUUUUACAGUGAGUGUAUGGUAGAAGGUGCUGCCAGCCAGAAGGCCUGCUGUAAGGACACAAGUUGGACAGAAAGGGAGUGCUAAGAAAGGGAAAUUUAACACACUUCCUGUUCUGCUGUGGUGAAGAACAAGUCUUCUUGCCUGGGCCGGUUUAUCUGCUCUGUCCAUCUCUGCCUGGGGAAUUCUUUGAUGCUGAGCUGAUCAGAAGGUUAGAGUCUCCUUAUCGACUCCAUGCUUACCUCUGUUUGUUUUUAUUCCGAAGUUUGCUCUCUUAUUUUGCAAUAACCCACAGGGUGCUGGGUGUUGCGCCAGCCGUGCCUCAAUGAAGGAUCUUCAUUCAACACCUUUCCCUUCUCGUCACACCAGUCAAUGCGACUCCUGCAUUUUCCAGCAGCAUUCACUAAGCAGUCCAGACUUUAGUCAAGCUCUGGUUGGAGGACAGAAAGGCUACCAGACCUACCGGGAUCUACCAUGGGAUCUUCAAAAAAUACAUCAACCAGCCAUCAAAAUAAGACAUCUCGAACCAUGGAAAAUUGCUCUAAUUGUUAUUGGAACAGCAUUGGCAGCAGCCAUCACCAUUGGUCUCCUAGUUUAUUUUCUGGCAUAUGAUCAGAAGCUCUUCUAUUACAGUGGCAACAUAAAAAUCACCAACAUCCAGUACAGUAAUGAACUGUCCAGACAGACCUCAGGAAGGUUUAGAGACCUGAGCGAGAGGGUUGAGAGACUGAUGGACAAGACAUUUCACAAUUCCAUUUUAAGAAAAAAGUACAUCCGCUCACGCUUAGUCAGAGUGAGCCCGGAUGCUGAUGGUGUGGUGACAGAAGCUUUGCUCACAUUCUGGUUCUCUGCCACGGAUUGCAAAGAAGCAUUGCGCAAAAGAGUUGAAAGGAUCUUGUGGAGGGGCCUGAAAAAAUAUACUGGGCCCCUGCGAAUAGAUGUCAGAUCUUCUACCAUCUCAACUGUGGAGAGGAGAAGAGCAGAAGCAAUCUUCAAUGACAUCUGUGGGUUACGACAGAAUAGAUCAGUCAAGUCAAUAGCAAAAGCAACAUCCUUGCGAAUAGUUGGAGGUCUGUCUUCUGCAGAGACUGGAGACUGGCCGUGGCAAGCUAGUUUGCAGUACAAUAAUGUCCAUCGCUGUGGUGCAACGCUCAUCAGCAAUACGUGGCUCGUAUCUGCUGCUCACUGCUUCAGAGAAAUGAGUCACCCUCACAAGUGGACUGCUACUUUUGGAGCUCUUUUGAAGCCACCAACCUUGAAACGAUCAAUCAAGACUAUAAUUAUUCACGAAAUGUACCGCUACCCAGAACAUGAUUAUGACAUUGCACUUGUGAAGCUCUCUAAACAAGUUGAGUUUACGAGUAACAUACACCGUGUUUGUCUGCCUGAGCCAUCUCAGACUUUUCCAUAUAAUAUUUAUGCUGUCAUCACAGGCUGGGGAGCACUUACCAAUGACGGUCCCACUCCUAAUGCUCUUCAGGAAGCAACAGUGAAACUUAUCGACUCAAACACUUGCAACAAAAAAGAAGUGUAUGAUGGGGACAUAACACCCAGAAUGUUGUGUGCUGGGUACUUGGAAGGAGGAGUAGAUGCUUGUCAGGGAGACUCUGGGGGACCACUGGUUACUCCAGAUUCUAGACUGAUGUGGUACCUCGUGGGAAUAGUGAGCUGGGGAGAUGAAUGUGCCAAGCCAAACAAACCUGGAGUUUACACACGAGUGACUUAUUUCCGUGACUGGAUUACCUCAAAAACUGGCAUCUAAUUCUAAAAUCAAAAAUGGAUAUAAUUACAUAGGUUACAUGUAGCUCAUAAUGUCUGUACUCGUGAAAGGUUAUUUUUUUUUUUUAAUAUAUGUAUUCCUAUUAGUUUUGGUCAAAGCAAGUUUUGCCUGCAGCAAGCACUAUCUUUGCUGUCAGAGAUCCUAAGCUCUUGUGAAUUUAUACUAAACAUAUGAGAUUGCCUUCCUCAUCUUCAAGCUUUGAAGUGUUCUCAUUUUUAUCAGAAAUUAUAAACAGGUGUUAUUAAACUAACAUUUAAAAGCUAGCAAUUUACCUCCUUAAUAAACACAAACAUUUUUUUCAGGAAAUAAGAAAUUUUUUUCAGCUAUGGCUGAGGUCUGAAGAUGUCCACACUCUAAGCAUAGAGGAAGCUGAACCUUCUUCCUCCAGUGAAGCAAAUAUUGUCACAGUGUGUUUCUAGGAAAGUAAACCCUUGAUUAUUAUUCUUGUUAGAGAUCAUCAUCUGCACAGACUGCAUCUGAGACCCUGGAUACUCACCCUGCUCAGUGGUCUUCAUAGCUAACAGUGGAUCCGCCAGGACUGAGGGUAGGUCCAAACUAAGGAAGAGGAGGAUUUCUGUGCUUGCAGUUAGUUCAAUGGGACAAGACAAGAAGUUUGAUGUUCUUGUUAUAUAAAGCACGCUUUUAAACAGAUUUUUUUGGUAGAUUUUAUGAAGUUCAAGUUACUCAAAAAUGCUACUGUAGAAGUGCUUUGUUGCGAUGCUGUGCUGCUACUUCUGGAGCAAUGCCCUUCUCUACAGACUGUUCAACUCACAUCAUGCUAAUGAUGCAGAAACACUAGCUCUACCAAACUUUAUUUGUAAUGUGUGACCCCACAAACAAGCUCACUGGAAUGCAACCCAGCAUUUAAAUUUAUGCUAAAGGAAAAAUAAGUACUUGCCACAAAUAAUCUGGGAACUACCUUUUUACUUCAAGUCAAGAAACAGUGUGCCUUCCAAGGGCAUGCCAGCCAGCAGAAGUCAUCUCACUGCAAAGAAAAUAAAUAGUGAUAAACCAUCUUGUUUCAUUGAUGAUUGUGCCAUGGAUAAAUAUGAUCUUGUCUUUCGAGUCUGAAGAGCAAUUUCAUAUUGAAGAACAGUCCAAAUGGAAACUUCAGAGUAAACGCUAUCUUCAUAUGCAGAUUUUCCUACCUCUGUGCAUGACAUCUACUAGAUUUUUGGUGGAAGGGAGUCCAGUGACAUGACUAUUGCUGUUCCCUACAGCCCAGGCCUUCAAUAUAUGGAACCAAAAUGUCAAUCCAGUACUGUCUCCUUCUGCUGUCUUUGAAUGACCACAGGACUGCUUUUAGGCUGUGAAUACAGGACUCACGGGAGUCUGUACGAGACGUGAAAGAUGCUGCAAACCCCACAGCUAAAUUUAAAACAACUGAAAAUCUCUCCAGAGCAUCUCACCUCCUCUUCUGCUCAGGAUUGGGUCUCUCCUCAGCCUUUCUACUGUGCAAGCUCUGUAAUAAUCAGAAUCCAUGGGAACAGGAUGCUUAUCAUUUCCUGAAAAGUCAAACCCUGAAUGAAAAUGUACACAUGGAUGGAAAAUCCUAUGUUGAAGCCUUAAAGGGGUGGGAGAGAGAUCGUCUUAUUUUUCAGCUCCUUCCAGUCUUUUUUCCAUAUCUUUUGAAUUUUAGCUUAAAAAAAAAAAAAAAAAAACAACA